GUGGAGUUCGCAGCCGUGGCCGCACCCUCCAACUCUCCCAGCCAGUCGUCAGGCGGGAGCCGGACGGAGCGGACGGCUGGGGCUGCGUUCUGCACGCCAAGGUUCUGGUAAUCGGUCUCCCACAAGGACAGAAAUAUGUUUCAUUUAAGGACUUGUGCUGCUAAGCUUAGGCCAUUGACGGCCUCUCAGACUGUACGAUCACUGUCACACAAACAGCCUGUUAUCCGAAGGACGUUUCAGCAAAUCAGGUGUCUUAGCACACCUGGGGCCGCCGAGCCUUUUCUCAGUGGGACUAGUUCUAACUAUGUGGAGGAAAUGUACUAUGCAUGGCUGGAGAACCCCAAGAGUGUACAUAAGUCUUGGGACAUCUUCUUCCGAAACGCCAAUGCCGGUGCUGCACCUGGAACCGCUUACCAGAGCCCCCCGCCACUUGGUACCACCCUGUCUGCACUGACCCAGGCACAGUCAUUAGUUAAGGGUCAGCCAAAUAUCGAUAAGCUAGUGGAAGAUCAUCUGGCUGUGCAGUCCCUCAUCCGUGCUUACCAGGUAAGGGGUCACCACGUUGCAAAACUUGACCCCCUCGGAAUUAGCUCUGUUAAUUUUGAUGACGCUCCAGUAAUUGUCGGUCCUCCGAAUGUCGACCUGUCAUCAUUCCUGGAUCGGCUUGGAGUGCUCACUGUGGGAGGAUUUUAUGGGCUGGAUGAGUCCGACCUAGACAAAGUCUUCCAACUACCAACCACUACAUUUAUUGGAGGCAAUGAGACAGCCCUGCCCCUCCGAGAGAUCAUCAAGAGGCUGGAGACUUCCUAUUGCCAGCACAUAGGAGUAGAGUUCAUGUUUAUCAAUGAUCUGGAGCAGUGUCAGUGGAUUCGCCAGAAAUUCGAGACACCAGGAAUCAUGCAGUACAACAGUGAGGAGAAACGUACUCUUCUAGCCAGGCUGGUUAGAUCGAUUAGAUUUGAAGAGUUCCUUCACCGUAAGUGGUCUUCCGAGAAGCGUUUUGGAUUGGAAGGUUGUGAAGUGCUGAUUCCUGCCCUGAAAACCAUCAUUGAUAAAUCCAGUUUGAAUGGUGUGGAUUAUGUCAUCAUGGGAAUGCCACACAGAGGUCGUCUCAAUGUCUUGGCCAACGUGAUCAGAAAGGAGCUGGACCAGAUUUUCUGUCAGUUUGACUCCAAACUGGAAGCUACAGAUGAGGGUUCUGGAGAUGUGAAGUACCACUUGGGAAUGUACCACAGGCGGAUAAACAGAGUUACUGACAGAAAUAUCACUCUGUCUUUGGUCGCUAACCCUUCCCAUCUUGAAGCAGCAGAUCCUGUUGUCCAGGGAAAAACCAAAGCUGAGCAGUUCUAUUGUGGAGACACCGAAGGAAAAAAGGUCAUGUCUAUCUUGUUACAUGGUGAUGCCGCUUUUGCAGGACAAGGAAUCGUUUAUGAGACCUUCCACUUGAGCGACCUUCCAUCUUACACAACACACGGCACUGUCCAUGUGGUGGUCAACAACCAGAUUGGUUUCACCACUGAUCCUCGAAUGGCACGCUCUUCUCCAUACCCCACAGAUGUUGCUAGGGUGGUCAAUGCUCCAAUUUUCCAUGUCAACGCAGAUGACCCCGAGGCUGUUGUGUAUGUGUGUAAUGUGGCUGCAGAGUGGAGGGCUACCUUUCACAAGGACGUGGUGGUGGACUUGGUCUGCUACCGCAGGAACGGACACAAUGAGAUGGACGAACCUAUGUUUACUCAACCUCUAAUGUAUAAGCAGAUCCGCAAACAAAAAACAGUACUGCAAAAAUAUGCAGAGACUCUGAUAUCACAAGGCGUAGUCAACCAGCUGGAGUACGAGGAGGAGAUUGCAAAGUAUGACAAGAUCUGUGAGGAGGCUUUAAACCGUUCCAAAGAUGAAAAGAUCCUUCACAUCAAGCACUGGCUGGAUUCCCCAUGGCCUGGUUUCUUCACUCUGGAUGGUCAGCCACGCAGCAUGGCCUGCCCCUCUACCGGUCUCAUUGAGGAGGAUCUUGCAUACAUCGGGAAUGUGGCCAGCUCAGUACCUGUAGAAGAUUUUACUAUUCAUGGAGGUCUCAGCCGCAUCCUGAAAGGUCGAGGGGAGAUGGUGAAGAACAGAACUGUUGACUGGGCACUGGCUGAGUACAUGGCAUUUGGGUCACUCUUAAGAGACGGCAUUCACAUCCGCCUCAGUGGACAAGAUGUAGAAAGAGGAACUUUCAGCCACCGUCAUCAUGUUUUACAUGACCAAAAUGUAGACAAGAGAACCUGUAUUCCCAUGAACCAUCUGUGGCCCAACCAAGCUCCAUAUACAGUGUGCAACAGCUCCCUGUCUGAAUAUGGAGUGCUGGGAUUUGAGCUUGGCUUUGCCAUGGCCAGCCCCAAUGCACUGGUUCUCUGGGAAGCCCAAUUUGGAGACUUUCACAACACUGCUCAGUGCAUCAUCGAUCAGUUUAUCUGCCCAGGACAGGCUAAGUGGGUACGACAGAAUGGAAUUGUAUUGCUAUUACCACACGGCAUGGAGGGCAUGGGCCCGGAACAUUCCUCUGCUCGACCUGAACGAUUCCUGCAGAUGUGCAAUGAUGACCCAGACAUGUGGCCUAAACCUUCCGACGACUUAGCUGUCCGCCAGCUUUACGACUGCAACUGGAUUGUUGUGAAUUGCUCCACUCCAGCCAACUACUUCCACGUUCUCCGCAGACAGAUCUUGCUGCCUUUCCGUAAACCGCUGAUUGUCUUCACUCCAAAGUCUCUUCUUCGUCACCCUGAAGCAAGAUCAAGUUUUGAUGACAUGUUGGCAGGCACUCACUUCGAAAGGGUAAUCCCAGACGCCGGACCCGCCUCCCAAAACCCCUCUGGGGUGAAACGUGUCGUCUUCUGUGCAGGCAAAGUGUAUUACGAUCUGACCAAAGAGCGCAGCACCAGAGGAAUGGAAUCUGAAGUGGCUAUCACUCGUGUGGAGCAGCUGUCUCCAUUCCCUUUCGACUUACUAGAGAAGGAAGUGAACAAGUAUCCUAAUGCCGAUAUUGUCUGGUGCCAAGAGGAACACAAGAAUCAGGGUUAUUAUGACUAUGUGAAGCCAAGAUUACGCACCACGAUACACCGCACUAAACCUGUCUGGUACGCCGGACGAGAACCCGCAGCUGCUCCCGCCACUGGCAACAAGAAAACCCACACCACAGAACUGAAGAGAUUCCUGGACACGGCAUUCAAUCUGGAUGCUUUCAAGGGCUUCCACUAAAGUGGCAGCUGCUCGUUUCCCUCCAUCUGCACUCCCCACCUUCCUUCAUCCACACACUCGCAGGGAACGGUCCCUUCUCUACUCCGUGGUUUUGCUUUAUGAGGCCGGAAAA